AUGGCUGCGACCCCGUUCGACCCGUCCCAUUUCACCCCAAAUGCCUUCGAUAUAUACACAGAUGCUGUCGCGGUCAGGACGCCGACCCUCAGCUUGCCAGGAGGAGCUUGCGGUUUUGUGGACUUAAACCCUGGUGCCAAUGGAGCCCGAUGUGGAUGCCGGAGGUUCUGGAGUCGUUCUCCCACAGGCAAUCUUGUACCGGAUCAAUCUCAGUGGUGUAUGUGUAAUCACCACGCUUGCUACCACGAGGAGGGAACUCGUGAUGCCCAGCAGCCCGAGGUGAGUAUGCAUGGCCAGGAAAACGAGAGACCCAGGACUGGACGAGAACCUUUGAGCCCUGUAAUGGACUUGGCCAUCCAGACGCCUACUGUGAUCCCCGGAAUGAAUUUCUCAAGUUUCAAUGCAGGAGCCUUAUCUUUUAUCCAACGGACUCCAGACCAAAGGCUGCCGGACCAGAGAAUACCACAGGACACCGGAUCAUACCCCAGGAUUACUGUUAGCCAGAACCCUGGUGCUUCUGCCUCAAUCCCGGAUACCAUGAGCUGGGGCAAUCUCCUUCAGUCACAGUCAUGCCCCUCCGCUAUCCCACCAAUACCAUCCCAGUGCCUCAUAGCUUCUCAAACAGCAUCAACAACCUCAUCUGCUCACGCUAAAUACAUCCGACCGUUCGCGGGGAAAGGACUCCAUACUUUGAACGGCCUCACAGCAAACCAACCUCCCUCCCCAACUCAGGCCAACACCACUCAGGAGUUUCAACCGCUUGCUGUUCCUCAAAACCCGGGUCCGCAAGGCGACUCUUUCACAUGGACCUCCCAGGAUCACAAGGCGUGCGACACUCCCCGUGCCGGUACACCGACUCGGUCUGAUUCUCGGGCCGCAGUUUUCAGUGCAGCUGUUUCCCGUCGUGCUUUUAAGAACCUCUCGGAAACUGUCAGUGGCCAUGACCAACGUCUGGAUCGCUUGGAAACGGUCUCAUUUACAGCCGCUGGGCAUGAAGAAUGCCACGACAAGCAUGACCACGCUGAUAUUCGCAUGGCUGAUAUCGAGAGCCGAGUGGAAGAGGUCGAGAAGCUUGUCAAUGAUAACAAGAGCGUGCUUAACGACAACAAUAGCGUUGCAUCUCGUCGUGGCGAUGAUGCUAGUAUGAUAUCGGUUUCGACCAGCGUUACAAGCCGACCCACCUACUCACAAGAGCUCAUGAGCCAAGUACAGUCUCUUCAAGCUCAAGUUGUUCAACUACAGUCACUGAUGCCCUCUCCUAACCAUCCGUUCGAGAUUGAGGUAGUCUUUCUGCCAUUCCCCCUUAAGAAGGUGUGGCAGGAGGCUCAACAGUUCAAGAACGAACCACAUAUCUCCAAUGAUGACUGGACACAAAUGCCCAUGACGCACAGUACAACAACCAUGCGGUCUGAGAUGUCUCUCUACCCUGAUUGGAUGGCUGCGGACCAAGAUACGAAAUGGCUCCUGCCCAAAGCUUGUCCAGAUAAGGGUAUUGUAGAUCGACGAUUGCGCAGUCGUGGUCUAAUCAAGACUAUAUCUGUCAAGGGUUCUGACGCUCGUAGCAUCACCAUGGCUAUGAACGCGGCCUUCGGACAUGUCUUUCGCGAGAUGAAUAUUUUCUCUCGCCCACAAACCACAGAUCCGCGUUCGUCCACGUAUCUGGGACUUCAAUCUACAUGGGUUCCUCUUCGCAAGAUCCACAAAGACUCGCGACUGCGUUUCCUCAGUCCUGCUGAGAUGAUGACACCUGCUGUGUGGGAUGUGCAGUUCCUCAGUCAAGUCAUGAUGAGAGCUUCUGAGCCUAGGUUGUUCAUUACUCACCCUGAUGCCUACCUCCAGGAUUUCCAGGCAUAUGAGAUGGGAUGGACGUGGCAAAUGCUCAGGGAGAUGAGUCCUGUUGUCCCAGAUGUAUCAGAUUCUUUGGACGAAAGCAACGCGUUCGAGGAGUGCUGGUCCUGGGUCGAACCGCUUGAUGAGCCGCCCAGUGCAGACAGUUCCAUGGGCGUGCGAAAUGAAAAGAUGCCAACUUCUUCAUCACCAUCGCAAACAUACUACCCGGCUCUACAGAUGAUGAAAUCUAGAAGCCCGUCGAUAAUGCGAGCUCAGUCACCUUUGCUUAACAGUCGCAAAGGCUCUCGCCCACCCCACAUCCGAACUUCCUCGAUGCCAAUGGCUGCUCCGAACCAAGUCUCGCCCGCGCUCAGCAGGCGUCGUGUGUCAUCUUACGGGCAGAGCCGUCGCGCAUCUCCUGCUUUACUUGCCAACUCCCAGGCCGCAAUCAUGAAACGUCGACGGACAAGGUCUCCCAGUCAUCGAUUUACACCAAGGUGGACUGCCUCGCCGAGUCCCAUGCCUUUUGGUAACACCGACCGUCAAGUAGCUCGCGGCACCACCCCCUUUGCCUAUGCUACGCCGCACAGCAAUGCUCCUCUCCAGGAACGGCCUAUUCGUGCAGGCAGCUGUGCGCCGGCGGCCGUUCAAGAAGACUUUGACGACGACUCGGAUUUCAACAUUGAAAUUUACGAGAGUGGUUCUGAGGAUUUGGAUGAUAGCGAGGGAGAACACGAAAUGGAGAUAAUCACACAUAAAGACGCAGUUCUAGAACAGGGGUUACAGGGUUGGCAACUCCCAGAGGAUGAGCCUUGGCCUGGAAUUGAGGACCAAGGCCAUGCCUCUGAUGAUGAGAAUGUUGACCCUCAUCACACGGACCCUGGCAGCAAUGUCAGCAGUCAGCCCUCUGAGUAUCCCAGCACACAAAAUGUGUGGCCAAACAACAACGCGGCCGAAUUCCGGAUCCACGAAGACGAUGAAAAUAGACCAUGA